CACAGUUCAAGAUCCAAAAGAUUUCUCCAGCUUUGGAUGAUCCAUAACUGAUAAUCAAGAUCAGUUAUCUCCAUGGACGAAACAGAAACCAGUUGGUUGCAGGAAAACUACUCAUCAAGGUCUCAAAGUGAUGACGAAGCUGAGAAUUACAAGAGACGUAAAGAUCUGGACGUUUCACUUCCAUUUUGUUUCGUAACAAUUUUGCCAAAAGGUGCCACGCCCCAGCACGUUUUAAAAUAGGCUAUAAAGAUGUUUGAGAAAAAAGAUCAACAACAUCUCCAUCUAUCUGAAAAGAUCAGAGAAAAAGUGUUGGAACGUGAACUGGUGAUUGGCAGGUUAGAGAAUCUGAAGUAUAAUCUGAGAAAAUUGAAUCAGAGGAUAGGCGAAAUAAUGGCUAAUGCCAAGAGAGAUCCACCACCAGAAGAUGUGGACGGCCAAGCUGUCUGUGAUGAGUUAAUGGAGAAGAAGGAGGAAGAAAAGCAGACUCUCGAGGCAAAACUUAAGGAAGUUGAGAAGGAAUUUGAGGACAUAAAAGAAGAAAUAUGGUCUAACGUGGAUCAUUUGAAAGAGAAGCAUCACAGAAACGAGGCUUCCGUCUGUACUCUUGACCGGAAGAAAAUUCGCAGAAAGGAUCGCUGGUUCUUCCUUUUCUGUAACUUGGAAUCUAUACAAGCUGGUAUCACAUCUAUGAACACGUCUUCUGAUACCUUGUAGUUUGUUUGCAUCAGAGUCAACAAUUUAUGACUCUAUGUAUCAUUCCAGUUUCAUGUUGAGAGUUUGAUUUGGUGUUAAA